AUGUUCUUCUUCUUCACCUGCGGAACGCACACCUUCACAUCCGCCCUCAAAGGCGCCGAAAACAUCCAACUCGUCUGCCAAAACUGCCGCAACCCCACGGGUCGCGUAAUGAAGCGCUGGGAAUGGUUUACCUUCUGCUUCAUCCCCGUUAUCCCAUUCAGCCUCAAGCCGUACAAGGAAGUCGGGUGCCAUGUGUGCCAUUUCUGGCAGGACAUCAAGUAUCGGCCUGAGCCGGAACUCCAGCAAUUUGGUGGUGGGACAAAAGUGCAAGGAGGAGCGAUGCCGAUGAAUGCGUAUGGUGGGCAGGGGCCGCCGCAUGGUGGUCCGCCGGGAUAUGGGCCGCCACCGCAGGGCGUACCGCAGUAUAAGUAG